CGUUACUCAGAGUCAGUCAGCCUGGCCAGCGCUAGCUGAGCAUAUCACAACUAAUUUCGCAGCGCGACCUGCCGGUGCUGGGUGCCAUCAGGGUUUCCUGAUGGCCUACAGCCGGCCUGACAAAUCUAUCUAUUUUAAACUCGUUCAGCCUGGAUAUAAAACACACGAUGUCGAUUGCCCAGACUUUCAAUCAAUAUCAUUCAAAGCCUUUCAUACCUAGUUUGCAAUAGAUCACAUGUCUGCUUCUUCCAUCUCCGCACUCUUCUCCCCCAUCCGCGUAGGCAACAUCAACUUACAGCACCGCGUCGUCCUUGCCCCACUCACCCGUAUACGUGCACACGCAAAUCACGUCCCAACCCCACAAGCACCAGCAUACUACUCUCAGAGAGGGUCUGCCCCUGGCACUCUUCUUAUCACAGAGGGCACGUUCAUAUCUCAGAGGGCUGGUGGUUAUGAUAAUGUUCCCGGGAUAUACACCGAUGCCCAUGUGGAGGGAUGGAAAAAGGUGUGUUGCUCUUUCAUUUUCCUACAACUCUGGGCGCUUGGCCGUACGGCAGAAACAGCCGUUCUUGCCAAAGAGGAUAAUAGUCCUCUCGUCAACGUACCACGCGCGCUCACCACGAAUGAAAUCAAAGAAUACGUUGCCACAAUGCCAUUCGGGCUGGUUUCCGAUGGCGUUGAAAUUCAUGGCGCAAAUGGCUACUUGAUCGACCAGUUCAUACAAGACGUCAGCAACCAACGCACAGAUGAAUAUGGCGGAAGCAUCGAGAAUCGCGCAAGGUUUGCACUCGCAGUAACGGAUGCCGUUGUGGAGCCGUUGCCCUGGGGCACAUUCAGCAGUAUGGGCAUGGCAGACCCCAAACCCCAGUUCUCCUACGUGGUUGAGCAGCUGCGCAAACACAAACUCGCAUACAUCCACGUCGUAGAGCCGAUGCCUGCCGAAGUCACUGCUGAGAAAAACAGCGAUUUCCUCCGCGAUAUCUGGCAAGGGGUUGAGGGCAGUACAUUCAUCAGCACAAACGGAUAUACCCGGGAUACCGCAAUUGAGACA